AUGAAUACCUGUAACUUCCACCACUCGGUGGGACUAGGCCUGCUGGAGGGCUUGCGGGCGCGCUACGGAGACCUAGUACGGUUGGCGAAGGCCUCCCGCAAGAGACCUGUACUCUAUGUCUUCGAUCCCGAGGUCAUGAAAGAGGUGUACGAGAGUAAAGUGACACAGCCACCGCAGUGGGAACGCUCGCCGCUACACGAACAACGAAGAUGUGCCGCUAACCAGCAAAGCGAUGAGACGAAAGAAAUCUGGUCAGCGGUUCGCACAUUGCUACAAGACGGAACUCUUCACAACAACUACAAUAAAGUAUUCGACGACAUCGCGGCCGAUCUCACACGACGUCUUGGUGAACUCCGUUAUCUGGAAAAUGCAUUGAACGAUGAGAUAUCAACGGAGUUGUACCGAUGGUCGCUGGAGACGCUCGGCGCGAUGCUAUUCGGCAUCCGACUGGGCUGUCUGGAUGGUCCGGCACACGUCCCCACUGAUGAAAACAGAGCUAAAGAGAGGACGUCUCUGGAUGAUGACACGCCGGAGCUAUGUUCUCUUUCGAAGCGUUGUAACGACGAGCUGACGCCCGCGGAGCGGCUGGUGCGGUGCAGUCUGCAGGUGGCGGGGAGUGGGUACCUCGUGCGCUCGGAGCACACGCUCAGGAAGGACUCGGACGCAUUCAAUAGUGCCAUACAAGCCUUCGACGCGCAUUACAGUUUAACGGAACACUUCCUACUACAAGCUGUUCAGUCCUUGAAGCCAGGCUCGCUGCGGCCGGAGCAGGCGCUGCUCGAUAGGUUGCGCCCACUACAGGAGCGCCUGCUGCCGCUCGCCGCCGACGUGCUGCUAGCUGGGGUUGAACCUCUCGCACAAACAGCGCUGAGCAUGUUCUACCAGCUGUCGCUGCACGCGGCGCAACAGCAGCGCGCACACGACCAGGUGUCGUGGGGGGCGGCGGCGCGCGAGGCGGAUGCUUCUCACGAUUCCUGUGUACGCUUGCCCUACCUACACGCCUGCGCCAGCGAAGCCCUGCGGCUGUUCCCUGCUACCGGGGGCGUGGUCAGACGCAGCACAGAGGAUAUGGUUCUAGCUGGUUAUGAAGUACCCGCCGGGGUGGACAUAGUUCUCGCUCACGGUGUAACCAGCAAAGACGAGAAGCAAUGGGGACGGGGGAAGUCUUUCAUCCCGGAGCGCUGGUGCAGCGAGGGCUGGGAGCCGCUGCGGGCGACGCGGGCACACCCCGCAGCAUACAAGCCGUUCGGG